ACGUUACAAGGAGGCCGCCUGAGCGAGGAGACUUGGAUUUGUGGAGUCUUCCCUCGAAUCCCAUACAAGGUAGAACACAACCCAGAACUCUGAUUCACACUCUCGUGCCCUCAAUCUCUGUACAACCUUCUCAUCAUCUAUAUUGCUAAAGACGCACAGAUUUCCAUUCAUAUAUAUUCAGACCUACACGUACAUAAAUACCAUAACACCAUCAUGUAUCGUGGCCUCAUAUUAUUAAAUCACCUCUUCUUAAUCAUCUCCAUUUUUCCUUUACAAUCUGACGCUACAUCCAUCACUCUUUUUCUCCGUCGACUAGCUGCUAAUUCACGUCCCCUGCCCCACCCCCGAUCGCCCCUUCAGAUAUCUCCUUCACCUAGCCCUUCACCAGCUGCCCCUGCCCCCCUCAAUCUUCCUUACAAGGAGCCAGCUGCUACCAAGACUAGUGCUGAGCCAGUUGUUACCAAGCCUAGUCCUAAACCAGCUGUAACCAAACCUCAUGGCCAGCCAGCUGUUGCGAGGCCUAGUACUGAGCCAGUUGCUACCAAGCCCGACAACAAACCAGUUGCUACCAAGCCGGAUACCGAACCAGUUGUUGCCAAGACAUGUGACAAAUUGUCCAAAAAAUGUCACAUUAACAUGGUCACUGCCUGCCUUGGCGUUGAAGGAUCUUUGCUUCUAGUCCUAAAUGAAGAUGAUCUCUCUUUGAAGGUCCAUGUUACAGUUUCUCCUGCGAUCACCUACAAGGAUAUAGAGAUACCAAGGCAUCAGGCGAAGAAGAUUAAUAUCUCAGACAGCCUUAGAGGAAGUUCAUCAAUUGUGUUGCAUGCUGGGAAUGAAAAUUGUACAAUUCGAUUAGGAGCUGUUGUACCUCAUGACACCAUCAACCCGCAAUUCCCUACUCCUGGCACUUAUAUAACUCCAAUCAAUGGAGCCUACAUAAUAUUUGCAUCAGCUCUUAUUAUUGGAGGGACAUGGAUCUGUUUCAAAUCGUGGAAAGGAAGACAUACUCGUGUUGAUGGAAUCCCAUACCAGGAAGUUGAAAUGGGCCAGUCAGACUUGGUUUCAUCAGUGAACGUCGAAACUGAUGAUGCUUGGGAUCAGAGCUGGGAUGAUGAUUGGGAUGAAGAGAAGGGCGUAAAGUCUACUUAUGGAAAUUUUGGCAAAAGUAGUGCAAGGAAUGGUAAUAUUACCAGAUCAGUUUCAGGUGGAUGGCAAAAUGACUGGGAUGAUUAGGUUAGUGUUAGAUAGUUUUCUUUCAUUUUCUCUCUAUAUAGAGACAAUAGGGGAGAGGGAAAGUAGACGACAGAAAGAGAAUCACAGAGAUAUGUAUGAUUAACUGGUUGAGAGCAAAUCCUCAAUUGUUAAAGACGAUUUUUAAGUGUGCGGAUUAGUAUAAAAAAAUUUUGAGUUACGAAACAGGAUUGUAUAUCUUGGUAAUAUCCUUCAUGUUUUUUUUC